GCGGCAGCGGCGGCCGGCAUGGCAGAGACGCAGCUCGGGCCCGGCGUGGCGCCGCAGCUCAACGCGCUGCCCGACCACUCGCCGCUGCUGCAGCCGGGCCUGACCGAGCUGCGGCGCCGGGCCCUGGAGGCGGGCGCGCCGCUCCAGCCGCUGCCGCUCACCGACGCCUUCCUGCUGCGCUUCCUGCGCGCCCGGGACUUCGACCUGGACCUGGCCUGGCGGUUAUUGAAAAACUACUAUAAGUGGAGAGCAGAAUGUCCAGAAAUAAGUGCAGACCUACACCCUAGAAGUAUUCUUGGUCUUCUAAAGGCUGGCUACCAUGGAGUCCUGCGAGCCAGGGAUCCCACUGGCAGCAGAGUUCUUAUUUACAGAAUUGCCAACUGGGACCCAAAGCUUUUUACAGCUUAUGACGUAUUUCGUGUAAGUCUAAUCACAUCUGAGCUUAUUGUUCAGGAGGUAGAAACUCAACGGAAUGGGAUCAAGGCUGUCUUUGAUCUGGAAGGCUGGCAGUUUUCUCAUGCUUUUCAGAUUACUCCAUCUGUAGCCAAGAAAAUUGCUGCUGUACUUACAGAUUCCUUUCCAUUGAAAGUUCGUGGCAUCCAUCUGAUAAACGAACCAGCCAUUUUCCACGCGGUCUUUUCUAUGAUUAAGCCAUUCCUAACUGAAAAAAUCAAGAAACGGGUUCAUAUGCAUGGAAAUAAUUACAAGCCAAGCUUACUGCAGCAUUUCCCAGACAUUCUUCCUCUGGAAUAUGGUGGUAAAGGAUUCUCCAUGGAUGACAUCUGUCAGGAGUGGACAAAUUUUAUCAUGAAGUCUGAAGAUUAUCUCAGCAGCAUUUCUCAGCCCAUUUAGUAAGAAACAUUUAACUUUUGUGAAUGGGUUCCUGUUUAAAAAUACGAGUGAGAUCCUACCUAGUUACUUGCAUG